AUGGCCCCUGCGACGCGGUCGACCAAGCGUGCCGCCUCCCCUCCUCCCGACUCUCGCGCGACCCGUCCGCGCCUUCCCUUCGCCUCUGUCGCAUCCGUGCAGCUCGUGAUCGUCCACUACAAGGACCAGCAAGUGUUGCUUCGGGUCGUUAAUGGCAAGUACGAUACAUUUACCGACGCUGUCGCUCAAACUUUCCACUUCCCUCCACACUGGGUCGACACCGUCGAGCGUGAGAUCGAGGGCAGCUGGGUGAUGCUCGACAAAUCUGUCUGGGAGGACCAGAUGAAGGAGCCGUACGCGGAAGUGUGGCCGCGGUACAGGGUGACGGCGGAGCAGCAUCCGGAAGGGACGAUGCGGAUGUUCGCGGAGAUUGAGGGCGACAAGACGUACAAGCUCUGGGUAUACAGUUCCGACUCCGUCGACAACGUCAAACGCUUGAUCCACGACAAGCUGGGCAUUCCGGCCGACCAGCAGCGCCUGAUCUUCGAGCGCAAGCAGCUCGAAGAUGGACGUACGCUCUCGGACUACAACAUCCAGCGCAACACUACCAUCCAGAUGGUGUUCCGUCUGCGGGGCGGCAAGCCUGUCAUCUACCUCUUCCCGCCGACUCCACUCGACUCGGCGUCCGUCUCGGUCACCCUCGCACCCGAGUGGCACUUCUUCGCCCUGUAUCCCGUGGUCAACCCGGUCAAGUGCGGAAACGGCGAGACGACCGCGAGCUGGACUGUCUCUGCGCAACCCGACGGCUCUCUCGUCGACCUCGCCUCGGGCCUUGAGCUCGCGUACCUCUUCUGGGAGGCCGAGUCGUACAAAACGAUGUCGAACACCCCCUCGCAGCUCGCCUUCGACCCGUCGAACCCCUCGCUCGACGUCUCGAACGGCUGCGCGCUUCCCUUCGCCGCCUUCCUCGCCCACCUCGACAAGACGCUCGCCGCUCUCUCGCUCCACACCGCCGCAAGGAACGACUUCGUCACGUACUGGCUCUCGCACUUCACCCGCAUCCGCGACGCCGGCCAGCACAUCGGCUUCCGCUUCCUCGUGCAGGCCGACUACGAGCGCGCCGCCCGUCUCGACGUCGAACCGAAGCCUGAUGUCGUCACGCGCGUCUUCCUCCUCUUCAAGGGCGUCGAUGCGGAGGACGCGAGCGAGUGGAAGAAAGCGGACGAGGUUGACUGGGUCGAGGAGGUCGGCGUCCAGGUCGACAAGAUCAGGGACGAAUCCCUCUUCCGCGUGCUCGAGUGGGGCGGAAUGGAGGUCGUCUAA